AUGCAUCUCUCGAGCAUCCUGGUCUUGGCAGCUGCCUUCAUGCCUUUCGCCGCUACAGAUGAUUGCGUGCAGCGAACCACCCCUUGUUCUCCAAUUGCAGUUUGUGACAGUAUGUCUGGCAUCAACGUUUGUGGUACAACGGAAAACCCUAGCCAAUGCUCGACAAUGGUUGUUCCUGACGACGAUUCUGGAUCUGUUUCGUGCCAGUGCUGUAAAGCCUAA